GUUAACCUCCCUGUCAGAUGUCUGGCUGUAAGCCAUAGUCGUAUUCUAGUAGCUUGCUGGUCUGUUACGUUGUAGGGGCUAAUGUAAAGUCUUUUAGCUUAUUCCGGAUAAAUCAUUUGCCCUGUAAUUAUAAAUAUUCUUCUUGGCGAUUGGGCAGUCGUUGCGAACGGUCAGGUAUGCUGUACGCCACGCCGAGCCCCGCCGCAAUCCGCGCACAGCUGGCCUCCGUCAUGGAGGCGUUGGCCAGCGCCGCCGUGGCUGACAUCUACAAAGUAGUCGAGGAGAGCUGCGUUACCCUGCGCCUGGAAAUAACACGCAGCCAGAAGGAGAACGCCGUCCUCAGGAGCAAAAUGCAAACGCUGGAGCUGCACAUCGCCCAGCUGACGGCGCAAAGGGCCGUUGAGGCGGACGGCGGUGCGGGAGCCCCCCGUAUGCACGGCAGCAACAAAGACUGUUUUUCAAAUGAAGCGCAAGUUACACACAGCAGUCUGCAAACGGACGGAAGGCUGGACGGGGAAGACGCUUCAGUGCCGCCGGACACCAUACAGGACGAGUGUCCAAAAGAGGUUAGAGAAAGUCCCACACAAAUAAAUAUCAAAGAGGAGAGAACUGAAGAGGAUUUUGGAAGCAUUCAUUCCCAAGGGCUGGUGAUCUCUGGUCAAAGACAUGAGGAAUUGAUUAGUAACUGUGAACAAGGAUCUGUUGGGAAAAGAGAUGUAAUUUCUGAGGGAGACAUGGAGGAUCCUCGUGAACAGCAGCCCAUGCACAGCGACUGGGAGCUCGGAGCAUUGGAAGGUGGCAGCAAAAAAAAUAACGAUGGUAUUAAGCACAGAUUCCAACAACCAAGAGCUAAUGAUGGGGUGGAAAGGUGCAGCACACUGGACUGCAUACAAGACCGUGUGUAUAUGCUAGAUAACACACACAGUCAGCCUGGGCAUUUACACUCCCCAGAGGACAAUGGGGCACAGGCUGAAUCAUCUUGCUCUUUCACUUCAGAAGGAGAUUCCAAAACAUUCUCAGGUGCCACUGAGCCGCAGGCUGCUUAUGGUUCGGCUGGUUUUUCAGAUCCCACUUUGUCCUUCUUGGGUCCAAUUGACUGGAACUCUGCAAUUACAUCAAUUGACCCCGGACAUGUUAAAAUAGAUUUUCAGAUACAUUCUCUGUGGAACGAAGAAACUGUCAUAGGAAGAGUUCAUCCUCAACAGUGUAAUGCGGAGAGACAGGACGCUUCAGUAGAAAAUGUAACCGGCAUGUGUACUCCGCAAGCCCAAAUCGCAGUCAGCGAAAAAACGGCAGAGUUACAAUCCAAACCCUCAUGUAUGAAAAAAAAUGUCACUCCUAAAACUGGAAAGACAGACUUUAGGGUUGGCAGAAAAGAAAAGCGGUUUUCAUGCACAUAUUAUGAGAAUAAUUUCAGCCAAUCAAAAGAUUUAGAAACAUACCAGUCACCUCACACAACAGAAAAACCAUUUAGUUGUGUACAGUGUGGAAAGCGCUUUCUUCAUAUACGAGAUCUGAAAGGACAUCAGCGAGUUCACACUGGUGAGAAGCCAUUUAGCUGUAGCCAGUGCGAGAAGCGAUUUUCCUACCUUCACCAACUUAAAACACAUCAGCGAGUCCAUACAGGUGAAAAGCCGUUCAGUUGUGCUCAGUGCGGGAAACGCUUUUCUCAGUCAAGUCAUAUAAAACGGCAUCAGAGUGUCCACACGGGGGAGAAGCGCUUCAGUUGUACACUUUGUGGAAAAAGGUUUUCUCAGUCUUGCAGCCUUAAAGUACAUCAAAUUGUUCACACAGGUGAAAGGCCAUUUAGUUGUACACGUUGUGGGAAAACAUUUUCCAUCUUGGGUAAUCUUAUAAGACACCAGAACGUCCAUAUUGGAAAGUAACAGAUUUUCAAAUUGGAACAAUCAUUUUAUAUAUAUAUAUAUACACACACACAUGCACAUUUGCCAAGGAUAUAAGGCAUAUGGUAUGCUAUUGGCAGAAGGUUUGGAGAAUGCCCAAUCCAAAUGCUUAGUCUCCAUUAUUUUAAUAUGGUUUACACUUAACGGCUACUGAAUAUUAAAACUACCUCGAUUAUUUUUUACUUUUUUUUUAUCAAUUACAUAUUAUAUGUGUAUAUAAAUUGAGUAAUGUUACACAGUUAAAGUAUUUUUCAUUAUUGCUAGUAGACAGUAUUUACUUCAUGGAUAACUUGCUUAAGAAAGUACAAUUUCAUGCACAGUAUAAGUGUUAUUUAAGGACCUGAUUAAUGGAUAUUUAGACUUCUCUAAUGUGUAACCGCGAAUAGGAGUUGGGGGUAUUGUAUAAUACCGUCGUCAAACAGGUGACCAUAUAACGUUAAUUAGCAUUACUGUGUAAUGUUUAUGACUGUGUAUGAUCCUUAUUAUGAGUAUUUACUAUUACAGGAUAUGUUCUCUGACAAUAAAGGUUAUGACUGAGAAUACGAA